GGCCGGGGGGGCGGAGCGGAGCGGAGCGGAGCUGAAGAGGAGCCUGCGGGAGUGGAGAGGGCUGCGGGAGCGGAGAGGGCUGCGGGAGCAGAAUGGAGCGGGGUGUGCGUGUCUUCGGGGAGCCCAAGGUAGAACUUCACGUCCACCUGGAUGGAGCCAUUCGGCCAGAAACAAUCUUACACUUUGGCAAGAAGAGAGGGGUUCCUCUCCCCGGCAGCACUGUUGAUGACCUCAUGAAGCACGUCAGCUACAAAACACCGCAAUCACUUAAGCUAUUUCUAGAGAAAUUUAAUCACUACAUGCCCGCCAUUGCGGGGGACCGUGAGGCAGUGCGGAGGAUCGCAUAUGAGCUGGUGGAGACGAAGGCAAAGGAAGGCGUCAUCUACGUGGAGGUGCGGUACAGCCCUCACCUGCUGGCCAACUGCCGCGUGGAGCCCAUCCCCUGGGGACAGCCCAAGGGAGACCUCACUCCAGAGGAAGUUGUUAACCUCGUAAAUCAGGGACUGCAGGAUGGAGAAAGGGAUUUCCGCAUCAAAGCCAGGUCUAUUCUAUGCUGCAUGCGCCAUAUGCCAAGUUGGUCUCCAGAGGUUGUGGAGCUGUGCAAGAAGUAUCAAAACAACUCCGUGGUGGCCAUAGACCUGGCUGGGGAUGAGAUGCUGAUGGCUUCUUCUGAUCAUAAGAAGGCUUACGAGGAAGCAGAACGAUGUGGCAUCCAUCGCACCGUCCAUGCUGGGGAGGCUGGGCCGGCUGCCAUGGUCAAGGAGGCCGUGUACCUCCUGAAGGCUGAGCGCAUCGGCCACGGUUACCACGUGCUGGAGGACCCCGAGCUGUACAAGGAGCUAUUGAGAACCAAGAUGCACUUUGAGGUCUGCCCCUGGUCCAGCUAUCUGACUGGAGCAUGUCUUCCGGACUUCAGGAAACACCCAGUAGUACAGUUUAAGAAGGAUCAAGCUAAUUAUUCUAUCAACACCGAUGACCCCCUGAUCUUCGAUUCCACCAUUGACAAGGAUUACAGCAUAGUGAAAGAGUACAUGGACUUCACCGAGGAGGAUUUCAAGAGAGUGAACAUCAAUGCAGCUCAGUCCAGCUUCUUACCUGAGAAAGAAAAGCAGGAGCUUCUUAAUACGCUAUAUGAAGCCUAUGGGAUGGUGCCUGCCACCUCGUGAUGCAUCCUGAGAGCCAGCGUGGAGCACUGGCCCCUUCCUCGUGUGUGCUUGGCUCUGCUCUGCUGGGGAGCAGCAGGAGGAGGUGCCAGGGGUCAGUCUCCAUUAUUGGCACCCAGUGUUAACCCUUACAGCACUAAGCACAAUCAGGCUCCUAUCAUACACACCCAAAUAUCACCUCCAUGAACUGUCUCCCAAAUGGACAUCCAGCUUCCUCUUGCUGUUGAGCAAGCAGACUCAGACUCCUCCAUCAUCUGCUGCUUCUGCCCAGUAAAUGAGAGCAGGAGGAGGUCCCCUGCCAUGCCUUAACCCUUCCUGCAGUACAGGAAUAACCACCUCCUGCCUGUGACUGUGGCUAGGAUUAAUCUUCACCUUUCUAGGGCAAAAGUGUGCCACAGAGGAAGCGUGGAGUACUUUGGAAGCAGAGGAUUUCUUCCCAUUCAUGCAGAUAGGGAGGUUUGCCUACAGCGGGGUUUUCCUGUGCUUAGGCUUGUGCUAACAAGAACAGGACAAGAACAAGCUGGGAACUGCUUUUGUUUUUAAGUCAGCCUUUUUGGCAUCCUCCCUCAGCCCAGGAGUUCUGUGUCUCAGGCCUUACAACGUCACUGUCACAGGAGCGCACCCCUUAUGCUCCAGCUGUGCUCAUACAUACAAAGGAAGUUGGAACACUUUGACCAUUUUGGGCCAAAAUCUGCCUUCUGGGACUUCCCCCAGUUUUGUACUCACCCCAGGGAAUUCCCAUGAACUACAUUUUGCUUUUCCCUUAUCUUUAUUUAGAACCUUAGAAAAGCUGUGCUUGAUUGCCUGCUUUAGCCAUUCUGUGCUCUUCCUGACUUGACUUAAUCUUUAGGCGCUGUUAAAACUCAAUGAGUAAAUGAAUAAGCUUGGGCCCAAUAUCAAAUACUGACUCAGGUUCUAUCUGAAUUGCUUCUCUCGCUUAACCACGACACUGGCUAGAAGUCAGAUCUUCAUUUUGGUGGAGAACAUACCAGGAAAUAUUCACCACAAUUCCUAAGCCAUUUAGGUGCAUUACAGUAUUUGCUAAUAUGCAAUAGAGCCCUGCAUCCAGAAGAGAGACCAGAAUCUUCCUACAGUCAGAUUGAUGUACCUGGGGAGGGAGUGUGGUGUGUGCCAUGCUUUAGGUGGCUAUAAAGAUGCGUGCUCCAAAGAUACUACACCAAAAAGUUGCCUUUGGCAGAGGGCUGUGGUGGUCACAUAUAUCAUCUGCCUCACUCUCAGCCAGCAGCACCUGAGUGCUGGGAACAUUUCCAUUCUUUCUAGGCUUUCAUAUUUGUUUUCUCAAUGAAGUACUCAUCUCUGAAACACAUAGUGCGUAUCUACACAUGGACAGGAGAGAGUGAAUUUCUUACUUUUAUAAAGAUGAUCAAUCAUUACAUUUAAGGAUGUUGCUGUUAGAACCAAACUUUUUUUGGGGGUAGUUUUUCUCAAAUCCUGUUGCUGAGAAAUUAUUUGUUUGGAUUCUGGAAAGUUGAUGGUUAAUCCUGUUUAAUACAUUAACAAGUUUAUAUGAAAACAAA